AGUUGUAUGCACACAAUUACAACACAAUGAAAUCCGCUCUUAUUCUCCUUGCAGCCGUUGUGGCAGUAGCUUUGGCUGAACACAGUCCUGAAAUUAAAUUUGUUAAGGAUGGACUCGUUGGAGAUGGAACUACAACUCGUUAUUGGGAUUGUUGUAAACCUUCUUGCUCAUGGAAAGAAAACAUCAAAACACCUAGCAUGGUGCCAGUUGCUUCUUGUGAUAAAACAGGUGUAACCCAGCUGAAACCAUCUGUAAAAUCAGGUUGUGAUGGAGGUGAUUCCUUUAUGUGCAACAGUCAACAACCUUGGGUUAUCAACAGUACUUUGGCUUACGGUUUUGGUGCUUUUUCUUCCACUGGAGGAGUUGAAUAUAACUCAUGCUGCGCUUGUCUGUUAUUGAGCUUUACCGACCAAAUUUCAAACAAGAAAUUGCUUUUACAAGUUACAAAUACUGGUAGUGACUUGGGCAGAAAUCAUUUUGACAUUGCUCUUCCUGGAGGUGGUGUUGGAAUUUUCACUGAAGGUUGUCACGACCAAUGGAAUGCCCCAUGGAGUGGUUGGGGAGACCAGUAUGGUGGUGUUGCUAGCAAAGCUGACUGUAAUACUCUUCCUAAAGAAUUACAACAAGGAUGUACCUUCCGAUUUGACUUCUUUGAAAAUGCAAACAAUCCAAAAGUACAUUUCGAACAAGUUGAAUGUCCUGCUGAAAUUGUGGCCAAAUCUGGUUGCAACCUUCCAAUAUAAUAACUUAAAUAAUUUGUUUUAAAAUUGUAUAAUAAAUUCUAUUUUUCAUAGUA